GUUAAUUUCGGUGGAAGUUUGAGAGAGACACCAACCAACGGCAUCUACAGCCAGCCAGCUUCACAGCUCUACUACUGCAACAGUACUACUCCUCUUCUUCCAGCAAACAUGACAGAGAGACUCAUCCCCUUCAGCCUGCUCCGCACCCCUAGCUGGGACCCCUACAGGGACUGGUACCAGGGCAACCGACUCUUCGACCAGUCCUUCGGUAUGCCUGCCCACGCAGAGGGGUUACCUUCCUUCUCCAGCACCCACUGGCCCGGAUACAUGCGCCCCGCCCUCGGCCACGACGUGCCCUCUGCCGGCUUCAUGCCCUCUAUAAUGCCCCACCAGCAGAGUGCAAUGAUGCCCUUAGUCCCAAUGAUGCCCCAAGCCCCAAUGAUGGUCCAGGCCCCUAUGAUGGCCCAGGCUGGGGCAGCAUCGUACUCCCGCGCCCUUUCCCGCCAGCUCAGCACUGGCAUGUCUGAGAUCAAGCAGACCCAGGAGGCCUGGAAGGUCACUCUGGACGUCAACCACUUCUCCCCUGAAGAGUUGGUGGUCAAGACCAAGGAUGGUGUGGUAGAGAUCACUGGCAAGCAUGAGGAGAGGAAGGACGAGCAUGGAUUUGUGUCCAGAUGCUUCACUAGGAAAUACACACUGCCCCCUAUGGCUGAUGCUGAGAAGGUGACGUCCACCUUAUCUCCCGAGGGAGUGCUGACCGUGGAGACUCCUCUGAACAGGCAGGCCAUCAAGGCUGCAGAGAUCUCCAUCCCUGUCGCCAUGGGCAGCAGCAAGACCAAGCCCUACGACAUGACAACGAGGAAGGGAAGUGGCAAUGGGCACCAUCAUGAUGAGCAUCAUGAAGAGGAGGAAGAAGAGGAGUGAAACUCCAAACAUAAACAUAAACACACCCUCACACUCACACACACAUAGUAGACACAGAUGAAAUGGUUAGACAGAAAGAGAGAAGGUAGGCAAAACUGUGAUAAUUCCACACCUAUUGUAUAGUUACAGGAGGCUCUGGAAAUGCAUAUAUAACGUUAUACGUUUCACGUGUGCUCACACUAACACCACUUGCCUGCUCUAUCCCACACUGCAGUAAUUACUAUCUGCAUUUGAGUCAAGCCACAACAAAAAACAGUUACACAUACACAUACACACACACUCUCCUCAUUCCUACUAUGCGCUUGCUAGGAACUGAAAAUUAUUAGAUCUGCAAACAGUGACUGCAGUCCUGCUGUUGCAUCAUCAUUCUGUGCUUGCUGCCUCUCUCUCUCUCUCUCUCUCUCUCUCUCUCUCUCUCUCUCUCUCUCUCGCUCUCUCUCUCUCCCUCUCUGCUUACAGACGUUAACACAGCCAAGAAGAGCCAGGAUACCAGUGAUUCUGUAGCCUAGUCCCAGAUCAUUUUGUUGACAAUGACCAUGGGAGUUGGAAAGACUGCACAAACUAAUCUGGAUCAGGCUAGUGAUACACACAAAACACCAAAGAACCAAUGGGCCAGCACAUGGGCCUCUGACUAUUACACCCGUAGAAAUUCUAUUCAUUCUUUUUCUAUGAUUUCACCAUCCUCUGACUGUUACUGGCCACUCACUGUUUUUAAAAUAUAGUCUGAAAUACUGGUCUGUACUGUAGUUGCAUUUGGAAAGCUGUACCCUCGUAUAACGGUGAAUAAAGACAAAUCCUAAUAG